AUGUCCAACUCGCCCCUCCUCCUGCUCGCCAUGGGCAACCCCCUGCUCGACAUGUCCGUCACCGACGCACCCGAGCUACUCGAAAAGUACAACCUCAAGCCCAACGACGCCGUCCUUGCAGAGGGCAAGCAGAGCGAGAUCUACGACGACCUCCAGAAGAACUACAAGGUCCUGUAUGUCGCUGGUGGUGCGGCGCAGAACUGCGCUCGCGGUGCGCAGUACGUCCUCCCCGAGGGCUCGACCGCCUACCUCGGCUGCGUCGGCUCCGACUCGCUCGCGGACCAGCUCCGCGCCGCGAACGACCGCGAGGGACUCCAGUCCGCGUACCAGGUCGUCGAGGACAAGCCGACGGGCGCUUGUGCGGUCGUCAUCACGGGCCACAACCGCUCGCUCUGCACGACCCUCGGCGCCGCCGAAUCCUUUUCCCCCUCUCACCUCUCCAAGCCCGAGAUUGCCUCUCUGAUCGACCGCGCGCAAAACUUCUACCUCGGAGGGUUCUUCCUCACUCACGGGCUCGAGAGCGCGUUGAUCCUCGCCAAGCACGCGGCGGAGAAGAACAAGCCCUUCGCGAUGAAUCUUUCGGCCCCGUUCAUCCCCCAGUUCUUCAAGUCGCAGGUCGACGAGAUGCUCCCCUACGUCGACGUCCUCAUCGGCAACGAGAGCGAGGCGCAGGCUUAUGCGGACAGCCACGAGUGGAACACCAAGGACCUCGCCGAGAUCGCUACCAAGCUCGCCUCCCUCCCCAAGAAAAACUCGUCCCUCCCGCGCCUGGUCGUGAUCACCCAAGGCUCCGAGUCAACCAUCGUCGCCUCGUCCUCGCCCUCGGACUCGGGCCUCUCCUCCUCGCCCAAGACCUACCCCGUCAGCAAACUCCCCUCCUCCGCCAUCGUCGACACGAACGGUGCGGGCGACGCCUUUGCAGGUGGGUUCCUUGGAGCCCGCGCGAUGGGCAAGAGCGUGGAUGAGAGCGUCGAGGUUGGACACAAGCUUGGAGCGAUGUGCGUCGGGUUGAACGGCCCGUCGUUCAAGUUCCCCAAGGUCGACGUGCUCUAA